AUGAAGAUCAAUUCGUUGUCCUCGACCCUUUCACUGGCUGUCUUUCUUGCAACAUUUUACUGCAUCAUCGAUGGAAAAUUGCAUUAUAAUAAGGAGAUUGUAGGCGCACAUUCCAAGCAUGAAGAGUGGAUUUCCAUUUCAGACCAACAUGCUCAUCUUACUCAAUCGGAAGAUGGAAUUACUCGCUUAUAUCGGCAUACUAUUCGUCAUCAACGUUCAUUACCAAUCAGCCAAAGUAGCAGUAGUAGCAGCAGUAGUAGGAGUAAUCAAUCGUUAGCACAACCUCAACCGCCUCAUGUAUUAACAAGGGUCGAAUUGGUCAAUAACACCGACAGACAAAUGGUAUUGAGAUAUUUUGGCAAAAACAAUUCG